AUGCCCGAGGACAAAAAUGAGGCGGCAAUCGCUGCCAGCCCGCCGCAUUCAGGCGACACCGACAAGUCCAUCACCAUUGAUUCUAAUAGUGCCGACCAAACGGACGGAAAGAAGGAGGGCCAAGAUGAAGCAAGCUCAAGCUUCAAGUCUUUCCUACGAGUAUUCACAUACAACGAUCGCCUGGGAUGGGUCUUGAACAUUAUCGCCUGUUUGGGUAUGAUUGGGGCUGGCACAGUCUUACCGUUAAUGGAUGUUGUGUUUGGAAAGUUUGUCAACACAUUUAACAACUUCGUCAUUGGAAAACUGUCACCUGGGGAGUAUAUGGAUGAAGUCAGUCGAUUCACUUUGUAUUUUGUGUACCUUUUCAUCGCCAGAUUUUGCCUAACUUACGUUUGGACGGUCCUUGUCAAUAUCACGGCGAUACGCACCACCAAACAACUGCGAGUCGACUUUGUGCGCCAGACGUUGCGCCAAGAGAUAUCAUUCUUCGACAAUCCUUCUUCCUCAGUAUCGAGCCAAAUCACCACUAAUGGUAACCUUGUCAACCAUGGCAUCUCGGAGAAAUUGGGACUCGUCAUCCAGGCGCUCUCCAUGUUUGUCUCGGCCUUUGUCGUCGCCUUUAUCGUCCAAUGGAAGUUGACUCUCAUCACACUGGCUAUCGUCCCAGUCAACACCGUCGUCACAUUGGGCUGCAUAUACGUGGAUGCAUUAUAUGAGUAUAGAAUGUUUGACAUCUAUGCCGAAUCGGGGUCGCUGGCGGAAGAAGCAUUUGCGACGAUCCGGACUGCCCACGCAUUCUGGGCUUUCCCAAAGCUGUCGAUGCGAUUCGAUAGAAUACUGGAGAGAGCUAGACAAAUUGGCAAGAAAAAGUCUUUAGUCUACGCUAUUCUGUUUCCCAUUGAGUUUUUCAGUGUCAUUGCCGGCUACGCUUUGGCCUUCUGGCAGGGCAUGAGGAUGUAUUCCACUGGCGAAAUUCAUGAUCCAGGCACUGUCGUUACGGUCAUUUUUGCUGUCUUGGUCGCAGCCCAGGCCCUUACCCAGAUUGCACCUCAGACCAUUGCCAUUUCCAAAGCGAUGGCCGCAGCCCAAGACUUGUUCUCCAUCAUCGACCGGAAAUCUGCAAUCGACUCACUCUCUGAUGGUGGGGAGACCAUUGACGGUUUCAAGGGCGACAUCAAAUUGCGGGGAGUGCGAUUCUCAUACCCAUCCCGGCCAGGUGUGCCUAUCCUCCAUGGCCUGGACUUGGAUAUUCCAUCAGAUAAGACGACUGCCCUGGUUGGUGCUAGUGGCUCGGGAAAGAGCACUAUUUUUGGACUUCUGGAGCGCUGGUAUUCGUAUUCUGCUGGACUUAUCACCUUGGACGGCUACAAGUUGGAGGACCUCAAUUUGCGAUGGCUAAGGACCAACAUACGACUCGUUCAACAAGAACCCACUCUAUUCAGUGGCAGCAUAUACCAAAAUGUCGUUGAUGGGCUGACGGGCACUAACAAGGAAGAUUUGCCAUUCGAGGAGAAGCGAUCUCUUGUGGUAGAGGCUUGCAAAGCCGCUUUUGCGCAUGACUUCAUUCAAGACCUGCCAAAUGAAUAUGAUACUUGGAUUGGUGAGCGUGGCGCGUCGCUCUCUGGAGGCCAAAAGCAGCGAAUCGUCAUUGCGCGGAGCAUAAUUGCCAACCCCAAGGUGCUACUAUUAGACGAAGCCACCAGCGCAUUAGAUCCAAAUGCCGAAAAAAUCGUUCAGGCCGCACUAAACAAUGUCGCUAAAGGCCGAACCAUGAUCGUUAUUGCUCAUAGAUUGUCCACAAUUCAGGAUGCGGACAAUAUUGUGGUCAUGUCCAAGGGCGAAACCAUCGAAAACGGAACCCACUCAGAGCUGAUUCAACUCGGCGGAGCCUAUGCUAGGCUCGUUCGAGCCCAGGAUCUCGGCAAGAAGUCUGAUUCCGUCGGAGAUGAAUCCGAGGAUGACACGGACGGACCUGUUGUUGACAUGGAUAAAGAAGUCACGCGGGUUUCAACAACUGGGAGUAUGCGUGUCGAUAGCGCGGAUGGUGGCAAGAAGUAUGGCCUUCUUCAUGGGCUAAUCCUGAUUCUCAAAGAACAAAAGACGUUGUGGUGGCCUAGCUUUAUUAUCUUCUUGACCUGUGUUGCAGGAGGCGGUACCUAUCCGGCGCUUGCCGUCUUAUUCUCCAAGACAAUGUCUGCAUUUGAAACCGUCGACGUUAAGAAGGCCAACUUUUUCGCCCUGAUGUUCUUUGUGGUAGCGUUGGGAAAUCUUGUCCUGUACGCCGUUGCUGGAUGGCUGGCCAAUAUUGUUGCGCAGACUAUCAUGAAGUUUUACCGCGCCGAAAUCUUCAACAAUACGCUGCGACAAGACAUGCCAUUCUUUGACAAGCCGGAGAACGGAACGGGAGCUCUGGUGGCCAGACUCUCUUCAGAACCCACAAGUCUCCAAGAACUAUUGUCGAUGAAUAUUGCCCUUCUUAUCAUCUGCAUUGUAAACCUUGUUGCUAGCUGUAUCCUUGCCAUCGUAUCGGGAUGGAAGCUGGGCAUGGUUCUCACAUUCGGCGCUCUCCCCUUUGUCGUUGGAUCAGGAUACAUGCGAAUACGACUUGAGUUCAAAUUCGAAGAAGAUACAGUGGAGCGCUUCGCCAAGAGCAGCGCGGUGGCAGCCGAAGCGGUCAUGGGUAUUCGGACAGUGUCAUCCCUGGCACUGGAGCAAGCCGUCGUUGAGCGUUAUAACGAGAAAUUACAGGGCAUCGCGCGGCAAGCCAUUGGAAACCUCGGGUUCAAGAUGUUUUUCUACGCACUUAGUCAAUCCGUCUCAUUGCUUGCGAUGGGACUAGGCUUCUGGUAUGGUGGUAAGCUUGUGUCCACUGGCGAGUACACUUCUAGCCAGUUCUACAUUGUCUUCAUCGCCAUCGUCUUCUCAGGCGAAGCAGCUGCCAUGUUAUUCCAAUUCACAACCAGCAUCACCAAAGCAGGCACAGCGAUGAACUACAUCUUCCGCCUGCGCCGCGAGCGAGUCCUGUUUGACGACCUGGACGGCGAUUCUCAACCCGAAAGCACAAUGACUGAAAAGCUACCGAGUGGAAAGGGCACCGAAAUGGCGUUCGACAACGUGCAGUUCUCCUAUCCGCUGCGGCCCAAACUAAAGGUACUCCGGGGGAUUGACGCUACCAUAAAGUCUGGUAAAAUGGUUGCCUUUGUAGGCGCUUCUGGCUGCGGAAAAUCCACCAUGAUAGCACUUCUACAGCGCUUUUAUGAUCCUACGAGCGGCGAGCUCCGCGCUAAUAACCAAGACGUCAAAACUCUUGAUAGGUGUAAAUACCGUCGUGAUAUUGCACUUGUUCAGCAAGAGCCCGUUCUAUAUCAAGGAUCUAUACGAGAGAACAUCUCUCUUGGCAUUGAGAGGGGCAAUCCAUCAGAGGCCGACAUCAUUGAGGCAUGUAAAAACGCCAAUGUGUGGGAUUUCGUCGCUUCCCUCCCUGAAGGCCUCGACACGCCAUGCGGUAACCAGGGUCUAUCACUAUCUGGUGGUCAACGGCAGCGCAUCGCCAUUGCGAGGGCAUUAAUUCGCAAGCCCCGAUUGUUGUUGCUCGACGAGGCAACCAGUGCACUGGAUACCGAAUCUGAAAAGGUUGUUAAAGAGGCUUUGGAUCGUGCGGCAGAGGGCAGGACGACUAUUGCGGUUGCCCAUCGGUUGAGCACCAUUCGGGACGCGGAUGCCAUUGCUGUUUUUGCAAGGGGGAAUAUCGUUGAACUCGGUACACAUGAUGAGUUGUUGGAUAGAAAGGGCAUGUAUUACGAGAUGGUGCUGGGCCAGUCAUUGGAUCGGGAGGCAGCAUGA